AUGGCUUCACAUGACCAUAAUCAUCAUGAUCAUCACCAUCACGAUCAUACCCAUCAUGAUGGAGAUUCAGCUACGAAAUCAUGGGUAGGUCCAGAUGGGAGAGUGUACCAUAGCCACGAUGGACUCGCACCACACUCACAUGAACCCAUUUACUCUCCUGGUUUCUUCAGUAGAAGAGCUUCUCCUCUUCUAUCCAGAGACUUCAAUGAGAGAGCCUUCACUGUUGGUAUUGGUGGUCCUGUUGGUACCGGGAAAACAGCUUUAAUGCUGGCUUUAUGUAAAUUCUUACGGGACAACUACAGCCUUGCAGCUGUGACAAAUGAUAUAUUCACAAAAGAGGAUGGUGAGUUCCUGAUGAAGAAUGGUGCUCUUCCCGAGGAAAGGAUACGUGCUGUGGAAACGGGAGGCUGUCCACACGCUGCAAUUCGUGAAGAUAUCAGCAUAAACCUUGGCCCGCUUGAGGAACUUUCUAACUUGUUCAAAGCAGACAUACUUCUUUGUGAAUCCGGGGGAGAUAAUUUAGCUGCCAACUUUAGCAGGGAGCUGGCUGACUAUAUCAUUUAUAUAAUCGAUGUAUCUGGUGGUGAUAAAAUUCCUCGGAAAGGUGGCCCAGGCAUCACCCAAGCUGAUCUUUUAGUGAUAAACAAGACUGACCUGGCACCAGCAGUCGGAGCUGACUUAGCAGUAAUGGAGCGUGACGCACUCAAGAUGCGUGAUGGAGGGCCUUUUGUCUUUGCGCAGGUCAAGCAUGGGCUUGGUGUGGAGGAAAUAGUGAACCACAUUCUACAGGGUUGGGAAGCAGCAACUGGGAAGAAGCGGCGUUGAUGUUUCCUCUGUAAUAUCAUUUUGGUUUAUACUUAAAUCGUAUUUCAGUGUAACCUCCUGGCAUUGUUUCAUCUUGCAAUCUGUAAACCAGCAUGUAGCAAUAAAUGUCGCAUCUCAUGGCUUUCUUUCUGAAUAUGCAGAUAUGAAUCGUUUAAUUAAUGAUUAAUAUCAUCCCAGAACCCAAUUGAAUUUA